AUGUCGUCUCCACAAGAGCACACCCCAGACCAGAAGAAUGUAGCAUUGAGUUAUCUAGCUGCAGUUGAGGAGCAAUUUAACUGUGCGCCAGAGCACUACCAUCGGUUUCUGGAGUACAUGACCCAGUACAACAGGAAGGAGAUUACAGCGUCGAGUUUAGUCACGGAGGUCUCUGCUAUCCUUUACAAGUUCGAGCACCUUGUCGAUGGCUUCAACGCUUUCCUUCCUGAUGGCUGGACAAUGAAAACAUCCCCUGACGAGAAGGCCCCGAACGCUUGGGUUGUCAACAUAAACACACCAGAAGGCGAAUUCAUCAGGCGGUAUUCGGAGGUCGUUCUGGGAGAGGAGGAAGAGGAACAAGAAGAAUCUUCGACGAAGGAAGAGUUCAAACAAAUGAUCCAGCUAGUCAACGACAUACAAACGAGAUAUACGGAUGAUCCUGCUAUCUACAGAGAGUUUCUGAAGGCAAUAGAUCCGAAUAGCAACAGUGGGAGUCGCGAGGAAAUCUUUGCGGUUGUGAAGAAUCUGUUACACGAAUCUCCUGAUCUUGUUGGGCGGUUUCAGACUCUUGUUGUUGGUGGUGAUUAG